AUACAGGGGUGUGCUGUUUAUGAGGUUAUUGAAUUUGAACCAAGCCGGACCCGCUUCCUUUUUGAUAUGAAAAAAUGGGGACAUUAAAAACUCAUUUUAUACUCGUGGUCUUUAAAAUCAAAAAGCAACAUUUCAUUUUAAACAAUUAAUUCAAAUACUUUAAUGAGUACGAAUCUGCCACUCUUAAAUAAAGCCAGCGCUGCCUUUUGAAGAGGAAACUUUAUUGACAAAGCCCUUGUGCACAGGAACCAAGCAAGGGUGUCCUUCAGUGAGAAAAUCGAGCUAGCUUCCCUGAACCUUAUUUGUUGUUGUAGGCGCAAUAAUAAGACACGAAGGGAAACUAUUGUGCUGUAGACAAUGGCGGCAAAGAUUUUGCCCGUUGUGAAGUGAGUAAUUUCUUAUUUUACCGACGAAUGAAUGCUGCUGUAUGUUGUGGGUGUGAGCCUAUUAGCUCGUUAAGCUAACUCUAAGGCUAGCCGGGACCUUCACAGCUGUGAACUCUCACUGUUUUGUCCUCAGUGUUGGACUGUAAACAAAAUGGAACAGUAAUCCUGCCUUUGUUUCACUUUAUCACAUAAAUACAGUCACGGCUUUUAUGUUAGCUAACGUUAGCUAGAUAAGGUGGCAUGAUGUCCAGCUAAUGUUAUGAAAUGUCAAUAAUACAAGUUGUGAUCAUGGUGUAAUCCUGUUAAAAAUCAAAUGUAUGUAUUUUCCACGGGGUUCAGAGUUGGUGACCCUGCUUGAAAGCCUGAUUGUCUUUGUACUUCUUAUUAGAUUGGCCACCAAGGUGACCAUCGCAGGAGGAGCUCUGUAUGUUGCCUACGACUCUGGUCUGUUGGGGAGUGGUGAACAGGGCUCAGAGGCUCUGGGGAAGGCUAAGGCUGCCAUACCUCCUGCCAUCGAGGAAUGGAUGAAGUACUUUGGUCUGCAGGUACUGAUUAGAUACAGUGAAAACGCUACUUGAAGUUACUAUGUUAAAGUAGAGAGCAGCAGAACAGACUUGGCAGAAGUUGAACAUUAUGUUCAUAAGUAUGUUUAAAUGAGUGUAUAAGCACCUUAAUUUUUCUGCCUACUCACAAUAAGGUUUUCAAAAUAUCUACACAUGAAGAGUCGGUCUGGCAUCUCACAUUACCAUGUGUCUACAGUUGAACAGAGCAGACAAACUAUCAAGGGUCAUACAUGAUUUUGGUUGGAAGACAGAGGAGAAGACAGUAGUUCUUGAUAUCCCCGCAAAACUGUGUUGAAAGAUGAUUUUGGUGGUAAAAACUUGACAAAUAGGAAACUAUAGUUGUCACAUGUCACCAGGGCUUCUUUUUUUGAAGGCCACCAUUGCUUCGUUGACAGGAAGGGUGAGCAGGGGGUGUUUUUUUUGUUUGUUUUUUUUUUAACCUGGAAUCUGACUGCUAGAUAUGGCCAAAUAUAUUUCCACACAAUUUGCCUUUAGAUUUGAGGAGUGUUAAAAGUGUGUGUCCAAUUCUUCAUUAGUUAAUGAAACACCAUGAAAAGAUGGAUUUAAAUUACAACAGUACAAAGUUUGAGCGUAUACACAGUAAGAACCAAUAACAAAUUUAUAAUCUAACCUUUGCUGUCGAAAGCAUUUUAACCUGUGAUUUCUGUCACUCCAAAUUGCCUUUUUUUUGCUGGUUUGUUCACCAAACUGAACUGGUUUGGCUAUGUUGGUGAAGCAGGCGCCUGUUGUGGCAACAGUUGCACUGGUCGUUGGGUCAGCUCUUGAUCCUGAAAUGAUUUGGUGCACGCUAUUUCCCAUCUCUUUCCCAUAUGUUAAUCUGUCCUGUAAAGUAAAAAAAGGCUGAAAAUCCCCUAAAACAUACCAAGGUUCAGUUGUAUGACCCACUCUGAUUAAAGCUGAAGUCACAGAAAUUCAUUCACCAGUGCAUUUGUAGUGCAAUGUGAAUAUAUAUAAUACAGCCACUAUUCAGUCUUUGGUAUUUCAUCCUUUGAAGCAUUAGUCUGCUCUGUCCCAAACUAAUGCAUCCUCUCUUUCCUCAGGCUCAGCUGCCCACCAUGCCAAAGAUUGAAUUUUCCCCGGUUCAGUCUUGGAACUCUGGUAAGAGAUAAAAGAAAGGCUUUUUUUCUAAUACUUUUUCCCCAUUAGAGAAACUAGACUUUUACUUUCGUCAUGAGUUUGUGAGAGGGUAAAGAUUUUAUGAUAUUGAGAUCAGUUGAUAUUCUGAGCAUGUCAUCAAUUUCACAGUGGUAGUGCAAUUGUAUGAUCAGCAUCUUUUGAGUGUGGUAACACCUUAAACUAUUUUGAACUUCUUUCUUUUUUCAAUACAAACCCCAACCAUUGUUUUUUUUUUAUUUUAAUUUCAGGAGUGCGGUGGACCAUUUCAAGUCUUUCAGAAGCCCCAACUAAAGCCAGUGACUACACAAGUCAGGGAUUGCAGUACAUUAAAGACCUCACUAAAUGAGCAGGAACUUUCUGGACAGCCUGAUAUUUAUCAAUCUUCUGAGUUUUGCACUUGAUAUAUAUGUCAGUACUUCUUCAAAAGUCAUAGCCCCUCACUGGAAAGAAGAAACAGCAUGAACGAAAAUCACUAAAUGUAAAGAUGUUGUGAAAUUUGGCUCAGAGGAGUGUACUCCUCUGAAAUGGUACUGUGGUUCUAUAAAUGGCAGUGGCAUUUAUCAGGUGUUGUACAUAAUGCAAGAAUGCAUUUUGGGAUAAGUUGUUUCAUAUUGUGUAGAAUACCAAAUUUAAUUUUUCAAUUUUUAACACAUUUAUUUUACUUCCCUAUUCUUUCAACCAGCUGGAUGUUAUGAAGAGAAUGUCUCUUGUACAUACGUAGUUUCUCCAUUUGUGACUAAAUAAUACAUGAAUCAUCAAUCAAGACCACACAAAUGUGCAAAACUCUUUAUUUCUUCUGACAGAAUAAUAACACUAAUGCUCUGUUGAUGUCGCUACAACUUCUGAAUCAGAGAUGACCGAAAGAAUUAAGAAGUGCGCGUAAAGUCAGUUGAAACUCCCCUUUGUACAACAUCGAAGCACUCUAACAGCACCAGUAACGGUGAUGUGAAGUUUUAAUCCUUUUUUCCCCCCUACUUGAUACGAGUUUGACAAACAGCACUUGUUUUGCCACACACUGUCACGACUAUCAAAUUUAAGGUUUUUUGAAAUCUUCAGGCGCUCUGCUGAUGACAGAUGCAGAGUUUUGAAUGCGAAAAAUAAAAACAACAGUAACUUUACUGAUAAGCAAGCCUACUGAAAGAUUUGUCAUAUAACCUGAAGAAGAGGCCAAAUCUGUGAAAAUGACAAAGCUUGGGAUGGAAUACACACUACAAGCAUACUUUUGCAAGACAGAGUUAUAAAGACUGAAACCAGGGUGCGUUAGAUACUGUGAACGCACUAGUUUGUCAGUUGAGUAUACCUUUUAAAUAUUCAGUUUAUGUAUAUUAAUGACCCUUUCAUUAGAUGCUGGUGGUAUUUGCAUGAGAUAUCCCUAUACAUGAGCGUAUUCACAACAGACAACAUUACAUGGCAUUAAUACACAAAUUGUACAUUUAUUAUAGUGUCAUUUUUUUCUUUUUUUGGUCUUUCAUUCUUUAUGCAUGUACCACAUGGCAUUUAUUCUGCCACACUUGCUCUCAUGAAAAGAAGCGACGUUGUGUGCCAUAACCUAAACAUGUGAACUAAAUGCGAUAAAGUGCUCCCCACAGUAUCAACAGUGGGAUCAUAGAACCAAUGAUAAUGCGUAUUAUAUUUAAAGAUCAUUUCCCUACAGCUAAGGAGGAAAAUGCGGCACUAAUACAAACUGAUGAUUGCGAAACUUUUCUCAAGCUGUCAUCGCCACCUGAAUGAGAAUUGCAGCCUUUCAACACGACAGCUUCAUGAAGGGUGAAGCUGUUUGGAGAUGCAGUACGUACAGUAUUGCAACAUAGCAAGCCAGAAGGCACUUGAUGAUGUUAGUGGGAUCAAAUUUUUGGACUGGAAUUUAACAAAGUGCGUAUUUGUCACCAAAAAAAAAAAGGGAUCUGAUCUAACGUGAUGCAAGGCGUGGUUCAAAGGUGCAGCAGUACAUUUCCUCUCUAGAAAAGUCAGUAACACUAAUUUGUGAUUAGAAUAAUACAGUACACAUGAUCAUUUGUCCAAGCUAAGUGAAUAAAUGCCUCAGAAGAAGACAUUCAUCAAAAAUAAAAUGUGUGAGAACAUUUCAAAGAAAGGCCAAGUUUACACAUAUAGGGGUGUUUUUACGACAGCAUAUUCAAAGGGGUUUUGGUUAGUCUUGAGGGACAAAAUGUGGAUUUGUGGGAAACUCAUUCAUUUAAGGUUUUUGGAAGUUCAUUGGCAAAAAUAGCUUUAAAGAGACAACAAAUAGUACAUCAUCACAAGCACAUUUUUGCUUUGGGUACAAAAAUGCACAUCAGACAUCCACAAAUACAGUAAACCAGUUUGUUAAUGUUUGGUUUUGCUGCUGGAUCUCCUAGCAACAUGUCAAAUAAGUGAACUAUAGUAACUACAGGUAGUUUUAAGUAACCAUGAUGGACAGCCAAAGAAAAAUGACUUACUACUCAAUUUUGGCUCACUUUGCAUGCUUGAAAUGAUUUAAUCUACUGCAGCAAAUGUGUUUAAAACCAUUUUAAAGCAAAUUCCAUUAAAUACCCCAACCAUUACCAUUUAAGAUACCUAUAUACAUGUGAGCUUAGCCUUUGAGUUACUUCGAUGAUAACCAGAAAAAAGAAGUUUCUUCAAAAGGAUAUUUUGAGCUUUUUUUUGGUCAUACAGGGAUUUUUAUUAGAAUAAAUACUUAAAGGACAGAUCAAGAAGUAUCUCAGGGACAACAAUGCAAAUGCAGUUACAACUGCAUCUUGCAGCUGUUGGGCAGUGCAAUCUUUUGACUGUCCGAAGCACAAAAUAAGAGCAGCAACAAUUAAAACAAGUGAAUCCCUCCAUUGGGAAUAGCCAAGCAUAGCUGUGCUACAGUUCUGCUGUGCCUAUGUAAAGCAGAUUGCACUUUCUUUUGAACAAUAAAGCAUAUUAACUAAACAACCCAGGCAUGGCUCUGAAUAUCAAGAUUAUAACAAUGAACGAAACAGAAGCACAGGGACGGAGGCUGGAGAGUGAGAUAGAAUGUCCAUUAUCUCUAGGUGGUUUUGACCAGGUCGUAGACGUGAAUAUGAAAGUCAUCAUCAUAUUUGAUGUAGUAGACAGAGGGCUUGGCUGGGACCUGGUAGAUCACCAGGCCCGUUCUCUUGACACCCUUGUCGGUAACAUACUCUACUUGUUUUCCCACCAGGCUCUCCGUUUCUUCGCCUGGUUUUCUGUCUGCAGGCAGCAAGUGCUUAUUCUCUGAGGGAGGAGAGAAAACAUCAAAACCAUUACAUUACAUUUUUAUCAGAUUCUGUUUAAUUUUCAUUUCUUACAAGAGCUUUUAUAGACUACAUCAGAUGAGUUUCAACAAACCUAAGUAUCCUCCUUAGUUUCUAUCUGAAUGUAAUUUAAUGCUUUGUUAAACAUUUUGAAGUCUUUUGUUAAGAAAUCAACAGCGCGUUAUUAAAAGCAAUAUCACAUCCAUGUCCAAAAAAACAAUACUCCACAAACGGGUGUUUGACAAAACCACUGAUAUCAGUCAGUCUGGUCCUUCCCAAGGUUUCUGCCUGUUAAAAGGUAGUUUUUCCUUGCCACUGUCACUCAUGUUAGAUGAGAUGGGCCAAAUCCCAUCUUAGGUUGGGUCUUGAUAAUUCAUCAAACAAUGAGCGUGGUCUAGACCUGCUCUUUUUCUAUGGAAAGUGUCUUGGGAUGACGACUGUUGUGAAUUGGCGUUAUAUUAAAAAAAUUUGAUUAAUUUGAUUGAUUGAUAUCAGUUAACGUGGUUUUUUUUUAGAACUACAAAUGUCUCUUGAAGGAAACUCCUGCUUUCUUUUAGUGGGACAUGGAAACUCCUCAUAAAAUACAGUACCACUUUGAGAUCAUCUCCCACAUGAGCGAGAUUAAAUGCAUGCCAAAAGCACCGCUCUUGAUUUUCAAUGGUCCCUCGUGCUUUUUAAAAUACAAAUACAGCCUAACUUUUAUAAACAGAUUACAGAAAGUUUCACAUAAUAAAUCACUUCAGAAUGCAUUGAGUAACGGUUAAAUGGAGGCAUUAUUUAAACUUUAAAAUAGAAACAGGUCAAGCUUGGUACAGCACUUCUGGAUUGGAUUAUGGAUUAUCUACUGAUCCCAUCAAAGACUGACAAUCACAUUUUUCAAAGGUCCAUUGAAGCCACUUUGUAAUCUAACAAAAAUUAGGGUCACAAACCUUUUAAUAUACUUGAGUCUAAUUUUUUUUAAAGUAAUAGUUUGGACAAUUUUGACAAAACUCAUGUUUCUAAAUCUGGGCGGUUCAUAAGAUAAAUCAUAUACUUUGAUGUCUAGUAUUAAUGUCUUAUAUGUAAAAUGUAAAAUAGCAAUUAUUGAACACAAAACAUCAAAGUUGUAGUAAAUUCUGACUUUGGGUCAAAGUGUCCUCAAACUGGGGUUCAACAAGUUCUUUCUUUCAAUUAUGCAAUUUUGCCUGUUUUCUGAUGAUCAUUGUGGGAAUACAGACUCAAAGAUCCACAGUGACUCAUGAUGAACUCACAUGGUAUCCAUGAUGAACAUAAUUUCCAAAUUAUGAUCUUUCCAAAGUGGAAAACCAAUUCAAGGCAUAGACAGAGUGCUCUUUAUGGCUUUUAUCCAUAAACUCAAAGGAUAAGAUAUCCGAAGAUUUUGUGAUGAAUUGGCCUAUUCUUUUUCAACGUUGAAAUUGUCAUUACCUGCUUCAGGCAGAAUUCUGAGGUCUCCAUCAGCGUAGUCGUCCCACAGCUGAUACAUAUAAAGAACGGGGUCCUUUUCAUAAGUGAUGUAAUACCAGUUGGUCAUUACUGGAGCCCUCGAGAGGACCAUACCUCUCCAUUCAUUCUUCUCUCCAUCCUCCUUUUCAAACAAAUGCUCCACAGCUUUUCCCACCAGCUCCUCUGCCCCAGGAGGAAUCUUAAUCUUGUUAUUUACUGUUGAGACACAGGUAAGAGUGAUCAAUGUGGUCAUCUAUAAUAGCAACAUUGCAAAAUGUGCAAAGAACCUCUAUGAUUUGAAUGCUGAUUAGAAACCACAGUAACUAACUCACCAACUUUUUCUGUCAGAACUUGUAGGUUCGACACCCUGUCAUCCUUAAACAACUCGAUGCCGUAGACGCAGUCAAAGCCGUCGUACUUCACCAUAAAUAAAGACGGAUUCACACUAAGCCUGUCCAAGACUGUUCCCUUCCAUUUGCUCUGAUUUCCCUUUUCACGCCAGUUGUGCUGUAUGCGAACUCCCAAAAUGCAGUUAGGAUCCGGUGUCAAUGUGUCACUCAGCUCCCCACUACUCCGCUUUCUGCAAAGGCGAAUGAAUAAUUAGGUAUUAGUGUCAGAAGUGAAGGUUUAUAAUAAGGCGUACAUUGGAAAGCACCUACACAAACACAAAAUCUUUAAAACUUUUCAGGGUUUGAUCACAUUUGUACAUUUUAGAGACAUCUAAUGAAUAUUUCUCAACUUCUUUAACUAUCUUUAUGCAGCUGUGUAACUUCAGUUUAAUAAUAGCUUGUUUUCCAGGUAUAGUUCUGUCAAUAGUUAAAACCAUAGACUGUAUAUAGAAUGGACAGCGUCCGCCUCCUCACUGGGUGAAGCCACCCCAAGAACAGCACCCUCUGUUGACAGGCUGCAGUAUAGGUCAUAAAUCCCGUCUCCGCCAGCAAAGCUUUUGGAGCUGUGGACAAACUUUAUAAAUUUAUUACACAGAUUAUUAAAAUUUAGCCCCCCUGCUUGCGGUGUUGACAUGUAGAUAUUGUAAAGCUCGUUACACACCGGGGCCGACACAAAUAUAGAACGCAAAAUCACGGAAUAUUCAGAGGCGAAUUUUGACACGCCUGACUAUACACAUCAAGACCGAUGCGAUUUUGCGACUUUACGGGUGGAAAAAGACGCAUCCUGGGGAAGAAUUUUCCGGGGGACAGUCCCGCCUCCUUCGCCUCUGAUUGGCUAGAAAAGCUGGAAACGUCAUCACACGCCCAAGCCAAACGGUCAGCACUUAUAGCCAAUCAGGAGGACGGGACCUUCCCUUAACAACCCACAGCGUCCCAGGUGGAAGUGAGAGGACAAAAAUGGAGUCUACCUCAGCUUCAAGUGAUGGCGAAUUGGUGCUCCUUUUGCUUUCUCAAGAGAAAAAGAAACAUAGCACAUGGGUGCAUCCAAUAUUACAAAAAAGAAGAGAAGUUGGUGAGUUUCACUGCUUGGGUCGGGAGCUGAAACUGUACCGCGGUCGCUGAUUGUUUUCAGUUCUGAUUAGACACUAGUGUUGAGAUGGCUUUCUGUCAUGAUGGCAAAUACUGAGUUAGUAGGGGGUUCCUGUUUUCUAUGAUUGACACCUGAUACAGCCUACUGGCGUUCAGGGAUUGUGAAGCUCACCCAGGGGAUACGCUGAUGAGCCAAGCAUCAUCACAGCGACUCUCGGCGGCUCCCCCGCCGAAUGCGUACAACGCUACUGCACAAUGCUGGUUUCAGGAAAUGAAGUAAAAUUGCGGAAAUACCGAGAGCUUUUUGGCUUCAAAUCCAUAAACUAGCGGGAGGCCGAACCAAGUUGUCCAUAGUAUAUACAGUCUAUGAGUUAAACCCAGACCCUGACAUCUGCUUUGGCCACUUUUGUAUCAGUUUUUUUUUUUUAGUUUAUUUUUAACCAAAACAACAUUGUAAUGUAAUGCAUAGCAAAGCAAUUUGAUGCAACACUGCUAUUACAUUAAACUUUUAAACUACAUUAAACAUGGGGUGGCAUGGCAUAGUUAGCUUUGUUUCUACGUACCUGCCCCUUUUCUUGGACAUGCCUCCUGAAAUUCAAAGGCUACUGAUUCAGAAAAAGAAAAGGGACAUGUUCAGUUAUAAUGUGAGCCAAUAUGACAGCUGCCAAACUUCACAUGUAAUGCACAGUCCUGCAUAAGGAAGGCCUCUACUACAGCUGAGGGGGCUGGCCUGUUCUUGCAGACCCGUGACAGGCUGCAACUUGCUCAGCGAAGACUGACAACUUCAACAGCCAAUAGGUUAGUAUGAUGAAAUAACUUCCUGGGUAUUUCCUCUGACUACACAGCUAUGGAGGUCACUCAAACGAGACUGUCUACUUGUCUUAUCUUGUAAAUAAUGCACACAUUUGGCUUCAGUUUAACCAAUUCACGACCACGUCAAAACUACAUGAGAGAAAACGUAAGAAAUUUCUGUGUAAAUGCAGUAUGAAGCGUCAUAUUUAAAACACAUUAUUCAUUCGCAGCAUGCAUACACAACAGGAUUAGGGUAGGCCGAUAAAAUUCGCAAGAUGUCAUGCCGUAUGUCACCUGUCCUGGACUCAAUCCAGCACACCUCCACCUCACGUUGUAGGUUAUCAGUAAUGCUCGUCUCCCCUCGCUCUACCUCAAUGCAGAUGUUAACGUUACUGUCAGUGAACCGGAGGCGUUUAGCUACACCCGCUCUCCGGUGCUCCCCAAGGCAGGCAACAGACACAAGAAACGACUGGGUGUAACAGCCUUAUAUUCUGACUUUUCAACAUAUUCAUGUUACCUUUACGCCGUUUUCAUUUCAGUAUUGUUCAGUUCGUCUGGCAGAGAAAUGUUGCCACACACCGCCCGCUUAUGAAAAUCUCGCGAAACCU